AUCGGUUGUUGUGCCCUCGUAGAAUGUGCAGACGGUGAUAGAAGGAUACACGAAAUGAUAAAAAGUAUGCGAUCGUUCGAUUUCGGAGUGGCCGGACCGUCGGCGGAACGGCAACCGCUUCUGGGACCGGGCAAGGAUCAGUGGCCGAUCGAGUUUCGCGAGGGGAAACACUGUCCCAAGCCAGGCUGGCUGCUCGGUUACGGGGCGGAAGUGCGACAUCCGUGCAUGGAAUGUCUGUCAAGGGUUUUUAUAAUCCCGCAACGGGUCGUCCUGGCGAUCAUGGGCUUCCUGGCGAUCAUGAACGCGUACACGAUGCGCAUCUCGCUGUCGAUCGCCAUCACGGAAAUGGUGAACAAGACGCACGGUGGCUCGGAGGAUGACGGAGGCGUUUGUCCGAUCGACGAGUCGGAGAACCCGGACGACUUCACCGGCGGUGAGUUCGACUGGGACGAGGAACUGCAGGGCAUCAUCCUGUCGUCGUUCUACUGGGGCUACGUCAUCACGCACAUUCCGGGCGGUUUGCUGGCGGAGAAGUUCGGUGGCAAGUGGACCCUCAGCUUGGGCAUCCUGUCGACGGCCAUCUUCACGCUCAUCACACCCUGGGCCGUGCAGUCCGGUGGCUCGACCGCUCUGAUCGUAAUCCGAGUGUUGAUGGGGCUCGGCGAGGGCACCACGUUCCCGGCGCUGAGUGCCUUGUUGGCCACCUGGAUCCCGGCGAAGGAGCGCAGUAAGCUGGGGUCGGUAGUGUUCGGUGGCGGUCAGGUCGGUACGAUCGUCGGGAAUCUACUGUCGGGGGUGUUGCUACACAACAUCGAUGGCUGGUCGUCGGUGUUUUACUUCUUCGGCGGUAUGGGCAUCUUAUGGUUCGUCAUCUUCUCACUCAUCUGCUACAGUGAUCCAGAGUCGCAUCCGUUCAUCACCGAGAAGGAGAAAGCGUACCUGAAGCGGGAGCUCGGAACGCUGGAGCGCGAUCGUACGCUUCCGCCGACGCCUUGGCGCUUCAUCCUCACGAGCGUUCCUAUGAUGGCCCUGGUGUGCGCCCAGAUCGGUCACGAUUGGGGCUUCUUCAUCAUGGUAACCGAUCUGCCGAAGUACAUGAGCGACGUGCUGCGGUUCUCGAUCAAGGACAAUGGCCUCUACUCCUCGCUGCCCUACCUGGUGAUGUGGAUCGUGUCGCUUUCGACCGGUGUCCUCAGCGAUUGGCUCAUCACUUCCGGCCGCAUGACGAUCACGUUCGGACGCAAGCUGUUCACCACCAUCGCUUCCGUUGGGCCGGCUUGUUUCAUCGUCGGUGCUUCGUACGCCGGAUGCGAAAAAGCGAUCGUCGUUAUGCUGUUCACCUUCGCCAUGGGUUUUAUGGGAACGUUCUACCCCGGAAUGAAAGUGAACCCUCUGGAUCUGAGUCCAAACUAUGCUGGUACACUGAUGGCCAUUACGAACGGUAUCGGUGCCAUCACCGGUAUUAUUGCCCCGUACGUCGUCGGUGUGAUGACACCCAAUCACGGAUUGGACGAGUGGCGCAUCGUGUUCUGGAUUUCGUUCGGCAUAUUCAACGUUACCAACCUGGUGUACGUUAUUUGGGCCUCGGGCGAGAUUCAACCCUGGAAUACGCCCCAUCUGAUGAACCAAUCGGUCGAGGUCGGCGAAGGAAACGAGUCGAAGGAAGCCGAGGCGCAGAAAAGUGUACAAUCUCAAGAUGCCAUUAAAAACUGAAAGAAUGCGUUAGGAGACACAUAGCGAUCGGGUGUGUCGGGGCGUUGAAAGGAUAACUAGGGACCUCAGACCUUCCACGGUGUGCCACGAAGCAAAAGCUGACCGAACUAUAUUUGCCUGAUAGCGUCUGCCGACGAUCGACCGCAGGAGAAAACACGGGAUGUGGAAGAAGUUAGCGUGAUAUUCGAACAAUGCAUAUUGUAAACCUCAUUUUAGCAGAUUGGUGGGGACCCUUACGUCCCCAUUGAGUUGUUUCGUGACUGUUGCACUAGAAGCUGUGUAGACUAACGCUAAACGCCAGGUUUGAUAAGACAGAAAUUGUGUUGAUUUAUUUAUACCACCUUCACCUAGAAUUAAUCCUAGUUUAAAGCUAGAUAAGCAGCUAGAAGCAAGGUGAGGUUCGCAGCCGUGCUUUGCUUGGAACACCAUCGUCUGCUAAGCAGAGGUGCGCUUCCCGGUCGACGGGAACCGUUUACUCCCCAUAUCACUU